AUGGCUGUCGACUUCGGGUCGAUCCUGUGCCUCGUGCUCGGUUUAUCGGUGAUCAUCGCCUCGAAUCGAACCACUGCUCGGCCGCAGCGCGGCGAAUUUGAAUUUCUGCCCGGAGAAAAGUAUAAUUGCUCGUCCGUGGGAGAGGUGGAUUGGUCGUACGACGAGGAAAGUCGAGAAUCGAGGUGCCUGCACGAAGGGGACACCGUGUCCAAUGACACCGACGAUUUAAAGAUCGGCGACAAAAGCAGAGGCUUCUCUUUCGUGAACAUGGUCGAAUCGAUGUUUUCCGCGGUAGCUAACGGAAUCGGCUCUUUUGUGACCAGCAUUAUUGGCACGGAGAAAAAUUUUAAGCCACGGUCUCCCAGAGUCAGCUACAGAAAUCAUCAACUGAUCAGGCUGUACCCCAAUUCGCAAACCCACGUGAACGAGCUGAAGGAACUGAAAGAGGCUGAACCCGAGGACGUCAAAUUUUGGGCCGAGCCAAUGUACAACAAGACGACGGACGUGGUUGUUGGGCCAGAUCUAGUCUCCGAGGUGAAGAUGUUCCUCAGAGACAAAGGGAUAGACUUCAAGGUACUGAUACCGGAUCUCCAGAAAAUAAUAGCGUAUCAGAAUCCAAAAAUGAGCAAGGAGCAACGCGAAGAUCUCGUCACGUCUCAUGGCCACAGUAUGACUUGGAAACGUUAUCAUCGAUAUGGAGAGAUCUGCAGAUACUUGGAGUAUCUGGCCUUCAGGUACCCGAGCCUGGUCGAGUUGAUAACCAUAGGACACAGUUACGAGGGGCAGCCGAUCAAGAUGGUGAAGAUCUCGACCGGGCCCAACAAAGGGGGUGAGGCGAAACCAGCGGUCUGGAUAGAUGCUGGUAUGCACGCACGCGAGUGGAUCGGCUCCGCUGUGGCGACCUACAUCGUCAGCCAGCUGGUCGAGAAGAACUCGAGCUACGCCAAGUUGCUGGACAAUUCGGACUGGAUGAUUUUACCGGUAGCGAAUCCGGACGGCUACGAGUUCAGUCACAUCGGUGACAGAUUGUGGAGAAAGACGAGGAGCAAUCACGACGAGGAUCAGGACGACAGUCGCUUCCUUCAGCUGGUGAACCAUUACACGAGGUGGUUAUGGGGGAAGUGCGAGGGUGUCGACCCGAAUAGGAACUUCGACUAUCACUGGGGCGAAGUGGAAGAGGGUGGUGCAAGCUUGGAUCCCUGCCACGAAACUUACGCUGGUCCACGGGCCUUCUCUGAGCCGGAAACCAAGGCAAUGGCCGAUUAUAUUUUGGCCAAUAAACAGAAUAUUAGGAUGUAUCUGACAUUGCACUCCUACUCGCAAAUGUGGCUGGUACCGUGGGGGUACACGUACUCGAGACCUUCCGAUUAUUGGGAAUUGGCGAGCGUGGCUAAAAAGGCGAUAGGAGCGAUUUCGAAAAUACACGGAACCGAUUAUCAAUUUGGUCCAUCAGCCGAUCUGUUGUAUCCAACUUCAGGAGCUUCCGACGAUUGGGCCAAGGGAGUAGCUGGAAUAAAGUACGCCUACACGCUGGAACUUCGAGAUCGCGGCACGUAUGGAUUUCUGCUUCCCGCUUCGCAGAUCGUGCCGACUGCUCGCGAAAUUUGGGCAGGAAUAAGGACGAUCGCUCGUUUAAUCACUUGCAACACGUGAACUCGUGUCGUUUAGAUUGAUUACAAACAUCGUAAAUUGCUACCAAACAGUUUAGAUUGCCAGUGACAAUCUCAGAAUUCUACUCGA